CGCCAUUUGGCGACACGUGCGCCGGGCGGCGGCGCGGCCGACAUGGCGUCGCCCUUCAGCGGGGCGCUGCAGCUGACGGACCUGGACGACUUCAUCGGGCCGUCUCAGGACUGCAUCAAGCCCGUGAAGGUGGAUAAGAAGCCGGGAAGUGGCGCGGCUAAGAUCCACAUUGAAGACGACGGAAGUUACUUCCAAGUGCAUGCUGAUGGUGGGACCCAGAAGCUGGAGAGAGCCAAGGUCUCGCUCAAUGACUGCCUGGCGUGCAGCGGCUGUGUCACCUCCGCAGAGACCGUCCUCAUCACCCAGCAGAGCCACGAGGAGCUUCGGAAAGUUCUGGAUGCUAAUAAGACAGCAGCGCCCGGUGAGCAGCGGCUGCUGGUGGUGUCAAUCUCUCCUCAGUCCACGGCGUCCCUGGCAGUGAGGUUUCAGCUGGAUCCCACAGACACUGCCAGGAAAUUAACUUCGUUCUUUAAGAAAUUAGGGGUGCACUACGUAUUCGACACCGCCUUCUCCAGGAACUUCAGCCUCCUGGAGAGCCAGCGAGAGUUUGUGCGGCGAUUCCGACGCCAGGCUGACUCCAAAGAGGCCUUGCCCGUACUGGCUUCUGCCUGCCCAGGUUGGAUCUGCUACGCCGAGAAGACGCACGGCAGCCUCGUCCUCCCCUACCUCAGCACGGUGCGCUCUCCCCAGCAGGUCAUGGGCGCCCUGGUCAAGGACUUCUUCACGCAGCAGCAGCACCUGACCCCGGACAAGGUCUACCACGUCACGGUGAUGCCCUGCUAUGACAAAAAGCUGGAAGCAUCUAGACCCGACUUCCUCAGCCGGGAGCACCUGGCUCGGGAGGUGGACUGCGUGCUCACCACAGGGGAAGUCUUCCAGCUGCUGGAGGAAGAGGGGGUCUCGCUCUUGGAGCUGGAGCCAGCCGCUCUGGACAGCCUGACCGGCGGCACGUGUGAAGAGCCCACCAGCCACCGGGGCGGGGGGUCCGGAGGGUACCUGGAGCACGUGUUCCGCUACGCAGCCCAGGAGCUCUUUGGGAUCCACGUGGACGAGGUCACCUACAGACCUCUGAGGAACAAGGACUUCCAGGAGGUGGCCCUGGAGAGGGAGGGCCGCGUGCUGCUGCACUUCGCCACGGCCUAUGGCUUUCGCAACAUCCAGAACCUCGUACAGAAGCUGAAGCGGGGCCGCUGCCCCUACCACUACGUGGAGAUCAUGGCCUGCCCGUCAGGUUGCUUGAACGGCGGGGGCCAGCUCAAGGCUGCGGACACAACCAGCAAGCAGCUUCUCCUGCAGGUGGAGAAAAAGUACAGCAUGGUCAGGACACGGGCACCAGAGGACAUACCUGAAGUCCAGGAGUUGUACCAGCACUGGCUGCAGGGUGAGGGCUCAGAGCUGGCUGGCCGCCUGCUGCACACUCAGUACCACGCAGUAGAGAGGCCCAGCUCAGGCCUCAGCAUCCGGUGGUAGGCGCCUUCCGGUCGGCGAGGCCACACACCCUCAGCCGCGGGGGCCUUCUCCAAAACUCAGAGUGAGCUGCAGGACUGUGCUGGGCCCCGGUGGCGCUCACCAGGGGCCACCUCGCACAGACGGCCUGCACACACAGCCCGUGCACGGAUAGCCUCGCUCAGACGGCCCACACACACGGCCCGUGCCUCCGGACUGGCCCUGCUGGGAUGGGGCAGCCAAAGGGAGCUUCCAGAACCUCCUUCUCUGGCCAGAACUGACUUGCAAGAGCGCCGACGCCCCACUCCUGGCUGUGAUGACCCACUCCUGGUGAACCCCAUUCCUGCUCUCCAGGGUCAACCCUGAAGCCGGUGCAGAGGGCCACGGGGCUGGACUGCCCCACAUGGGGCCUGGAAGGGAGGGGUGCCUGGCGCCCUCAAACCAGGUGUGUGUGAGGAAGAUGGGGGCUGGGCUGUCCCCAGUCUGGCCCUCACCUGGUCCGGCCUUGUCCUAAUAAACAGAUGGCAUUUGGCAUGUCACUGAA